UCAAAGUUGAAAGUGCACGGGGGGGUGGUUCGCGGGAAAAAAAUCCAAACUAGUAAUUUUGAAAGCGCAAUUACUUUUUUAACUGUUAAAACUACACCGAUUCUCCACCGUUUACAUUUAGUUUGUAAGUUGUUAAACGUUCGACUAAAAGUAUCCGAGCUAACAGCUCUAGCUAGUGAGCAGCUUCAAGUCAUUGUCGGUGUGGUUAUCGCUGGAGCUUGAAACGAGUUUUGUGAGACUUGUGUCGGGUGGCGAACUGUCAAAUCAUCGUGUUGCGAAUACGACAAACUGAGAGAAAAUGGCAGAAAGGCCAGAAGAUUUGAACCUUCCCAAUGCGGUCAUCACUCGCAUCAUCAAGGAGGCUCUCCCAGAUGGGGUGAAUGUGUCAAAAGAAGCAAGGAGAGCAAUAUCCCAAGCUGCCAGUGUGUUUGUGUUAUAUGCAACAUCUUGUGCAAACAACUUUGCCAUGAAGGCCAAGCGGAAAACUCUGAAUGCAGGUGAUGUCUUAGCCGCAAUGGAGGAAAUGGAAUUUGAGCGUUUUAUGGAGCCCCUCAGAGAAGCUUUGGAAGUGUUUAAGAAGGGCCAGAAGGGAAAGAAGGAGGUGUCUGAGCAAAAGCGCAAAGAUAAAGAGAAGAAGACGGACUCUGAGAAUGAUAAGAGCAGGGAGGAGGAAGAAGAGGAGGAGCGAAUGGAGGAAGAGCCGGAAGCAGAGAACGAGGUGGAAGAUGAAGAGGUGGAAAAUUGAGGACGUUCCUCACAGGUCGAAGCUCUCAGUAGUCCCUUCAGAAGUUUUCACUGUCUGGAUGACAAGUCUUGGUCAGGGUCGCAGUAAGGUCCUAUUCAAGGUGUGGAUUCCGUCUGUAGUGUCUCUUUUUUACAUAUGUUAUACUGUACUUCCAAUGUCUUAGUGUGUGACAAAAUGUGACAUAAACUUGCACUAACUGGUAUUGAUCUGUUCUCAGGCAAAAAUAUAAUCCGUCUCAGAGAACAUAGCUUCAAAAUAGCUUCUGGCUAAAUAUUUGCAGUAGUCAUGAAUGACUAUAUGGGAUACAGUCUAACAGUAAAUGAUUUAAACAGAGAAGAACCAUACCAUAUGAAAACCUGCAAUGCCACUUUUGGGAAAGAAUUUGGAGUUGUUUUGGUUUGUAGCAAAGUCAUUUUUUUUACGUAGAAUUAUAAACUAAACCUUGACCACAAAAUGCUGUUAGUUGGUUACCAAAAAGUGGAUCCUAAAUUUGUUUGCUGCGCCAAUGACAUGUAUGUAUCAAUAACAAUUUAUACUUUUGUAAAAAUUUUUGUGAGAGGCUGAAAUUUCCAAUAAAUAUUUUCAGUAAAACUUAAAAA